UCAAGAUGACGAAGGAAGGCGAGGCUGACGGGACACUUGAAAGCCGUUAACGACAGGAGCUGAGCACCACUCGAGCCGGACGUGAGGGGCUGUGCUGCUCCACUUCCUCUUUUCCCACCAUUUAGGGUGCAGAGACAGCAAGGAUGUCCAAAGCAGGAGAGAGGACCGCUUCCACAACUUCUGCUGAGUCCUUGGGAGACAGCAAAGAUGGGGGAUCUAAAUCUGGCUCAGCUUCAACCUCUCCCAGCGGAUCGGUCUCUGAAGCACCAAAGAAAGUCAAGAAGUCCAAGAAGAGCCCGGACAGCAUGAACAAAGUCUACACUUCUGUGCUAAAUAGUGUUUUUGGGGCUGAGAGAGAACUGGCCCCGGCUGAAUUAGACGAGUUGCAGGAGGCCUUCAAGGAGUUUGAUUACGACCAGGACGGCUACCUGAACUACAAGGAUGUGGCUGAGUGCAUGAGAACCAUGGGCUACAUGCCCACGGAGAUGGAGCUGCUGGAGAUAGUACAGCAGAUCAAGAUGAGAAUGGGCGGCUUAAUGGACUUUGAAGACUUCACUGAGCUGAUGGGACCCAGGAUGAUGGGAGAGACCACCGACAUGCUGGGACUCAAGGAGCUCCAGUCUGCCUUUGUACAGUUUGACAUGGAUGGAGAUGGAAAGAUCAACCAAGAAGAGUUGAAGGAGGCGCUGAAGACUCUGUUGGGGGAGAAGCUGAAGAAGGGAGAACAAGAGGAGAUGUUAAGGGAGCUGGACAUUAAUGCAGACGGAAACAUCGACUUCGAAGAGUUUGUGAUGAUGCUCUCCAUCACCUGACCACCAGAGGAGACGACAAUAAGGCCGUUACCUUACCUGAGAUCAGACAGGACUUUUCAGCUUCAGUCAACUUGAUGGACACAUUCUGGACUGAGCAAGACCACCAAAGCUAUUUCAAAAUAAAACAACUUGCUAACUUGUGUUUGUACUCUAGGUGUAGACAUGCUGUUCUGUUGGGCUAUGCGACUAUAAAUGAUGUUUUAAUUUGGCAUCAAAUGCACCUCUUUGUUUUGGUAGAAGCAUUAACUGUUCACUGUGAUAUAUAAUGUAAAUGAGACUGAAAUUUUGAUAUUUUAAUAAAUAAACCCAAAUGAGCUGCUCCAGUCACUGUAACGACACACAAUGACAAGACAGGAUGGGCCGAUCACGUCAACCUCUCAAACACACUUUAUUCCAAAAAC